CUGUGUGGCAGGAGUUGAGAAAUUCAGCUGUCCUGGGGUUGCUGGGAACCUCUACAUGUGAUCUGGUCGGAGAUCUGGUGUCUCAGAAGUGGGAGGGUCAUUGACUAUGUAGGGUUGGUGGACAUUAUGUAAGCAGUAGAAACUCUUGCCAAGGACUUUUUGUGCCUGUUUGCUACCGGAUGAUGUGGUUUCGUUUUUGAAUUGAGUUAUAUCUGGAGACGAGAUAUUUCUCCUGGUGCACAGCAGAGACAGCUGGCAGGGGUGGUGGCUGAGGGCGAGGUGCAAGCAGCACAGGGUCUUCAACCAACAUGGCAUCUGAUGAGUUGGUUUUCUUUGUCAAUGGCAAAAAGGUGGUGGAGAAGAAUGCAGAACCAGAGAUGACUCUGUUGUCAUAUCUGAGAAGAAAAUUGGGGUUAAGUGGGACCAAGCUUGGCUGUGGAGAAGGUGGCUGUGGGGCCUGCACAGUGAUGCUAUCCAAGUUUGAUCGACUCCAGAAAAAAAUUGUCCACUUUUCUGUCAAUGCCUGUCUGGCACCCAUCUGCUCCCUACAUCAUGUUGCUGUGACAACUGUGGAAGGAAUAGGAAGCACCAAGACCAGGUUGCAUCCUGUGCAGGAAAGAAUAUCCAAAAGUCAUGGCUCCCAGUGUGGCUUCUGCACUCCUGGCAUUGUCAUGAGCAUGUACACUCUGCUCCGGAACAACCCUGAGCCCACGAUGGAGGAGAUUGAGAAUGCUUUCCAAGGGAACCUGUGCCGUUGUACAGGCUACAGACCCAUUCUGCAGGGCUUCAGGACAUUUGCCAAGGAUGGGGGAUGCUGUGGAGGAACUGGGGAGAAUCCAAACUGCUGUAUGUAUCAAAAAGAAAAUAGCAAGUUAAAUCUCUCAUCAUCUUUAUUCAAUUCAGAGGAAUUCCUGCCAUUAGAUCCUACCCAGGAGCCUAUCUUCCCACCAGAGUUAAUGAGGCUGAAAGAUGAGCCCCAGAAGCAGCUGUGUUUCCAAGGGGAGCGUGUGAAAUGGAUCCAGACUGCAACCCUGAAGGAACUGUUGGAGCUGAAGGCUGAACACCCAGAUGCCAAGCUGGUGGUGGGAAACACUGAAAUCGGUAUUGAGAUGAAAUUUAAGAAUAAGCUCUUCCCUCUGAUAGUCUGCCCAGCUUGGAUCCCUGAGCUGAAUUCUGUGAAGCGUGGCCCAGAGGGCAUCUCCUUUGGGGCAGCCUGCCCUCUGAGUGAAAUGGAGAAAGCCUUAGUGGCUGCCAUAGCUGAGUUACCAUCCUACCAGACUGAAGUCUUUAAAGGAGUCUUGGAGCAGCUGCGAUGGUUUGCUGGAAAGCAGGUCAAAUCUGUAGCGUCGGUUGGGGGAAACAUCAUCAAUGCCAGCCCAAUUUCUGAUCUCAACCCUGUGUUCAUGGCCAGUGGAAGCAAACUUACUCUGGUAUCUAAAGGGACAAAGAGGACUGUUCGGAUGGACCAUAUGUUUUUUCCUAGCUAUAGAAAGACACUCCUAAGUCCGGAGGAGGUACUGCUUUCCAUUGAGAUUCCAUACAGCAGGAAGGGAGAAUAUUUCUCAGCCUUCAAACAAGCUUCUCGAAGGGAAGAUGACAUCGCCAAGGUGACCUGUGGAAUGAGGGUCUUAUUCAAACCAGAAAGUGACCAAGUCCAAGAGUUGGAUAUCAGUUUUGGAGGCAUGGCUGACAAAACUAUCCCAGCCCUGAAAACCACCAGGAAGCAGCAGGGGAGAGCCUGGAAUGAGGAACUGCUUCAGGAAGUUUGUGCCAGCCUAGCAGAGGAGUUGAGCUUGGAGCCAGACGCCCCUGGUGGGAUGGUAGAGUUCCGACGUACGCUCACCCUCAGCUUCUUCUUUAAGUUUUACCUGACCGUGCUUCAGAAACUGGGCAAAGACAGUACAGAUAAAUGUGAUAAAUUGGAUCCAACCUAUGCCAGCGCCACUUUACUCUUUCAAAAAGAGCCUCCCGCCAAUGUUCAGCUCUUCCAAGAAGUUCCCAAGGGACAAGCUGAAGAUGACAUGGUGGGCCGGCCCAUUCCCCACUUUUCAGCUGCCAUGCAAGCCUCUGGGGAGGCGGUGUACUGUGAUGACAUCCCCCCCUAUUCCAAUGAACUCUACCUUCGACUUGUCACCAGCACCAAGGCUCAUGCCAGAAUCAAGUCCAUAGAUAUUUCAGAAGCCCAGAAAGUACCUGGAUUUAUUCAUUUCCUCUCAGCUGAUGAUAUUCCUGGGAGUAAUGAAACUGGAUUAUUUAAUGAUGAAACUGUCUUUGCUAAACAUAAGGUCACUUGUGUGGGACACAUCAUUGGGGCUGUGGUCACAGAUACUCCAGAACAUGCACAGAGGGCAGCUCAAGCUGUGAAAAUCGAAUAUGAGGAACUUCCAGCUAUUAUCACAAUUGAGGACGCGAUAAAAAACAACUCCUUCUAUGGUUCAGAGCUCAAGAUCGAGAAAGGAGACCUCAAAAAGGGGUUUGCUGAGGCUGAUAAUGUUGUUUCAGGAGAGCUAUAUAUUGGUGGACAAGAACACUUCUACUUAGAGACUCACUGCACCAUUGCUGUCCCCAAGGGUGAAGAAGGAGAGAUGGAGCUCUUUGUGUCUACCCAGAACACAAUGAAGACUCAGAGUUUUGUUGCCAAAGUCUUGGGCGUACCAGAAAAUCGCAUUGUUGUUCGAGUGAAGAGAAUGGGAGGAGGUUUUGGAGGGAAGGAGACAAGAAGCACAGUACUGUCUACAGCAGUUGCUCUGGCUGCAUACAAGACUGGUCGCCCUGUUCGUUGCAUGCUGGAUCGAGAUGAAGACAUGUUGAUAACUGGUGGAAGACAUCCCUUUUUAGCCAGAUAUAAGGUUGGCUUCAUGAAGACUGGGAAGAUUGUGGCACUAGAGGUUGAACACUACAGCAAUGCAGGAAAUACUUUAGAUCUCUCUCAGAGUAUCAUGGAGAGGGCUUUAUUUCAUAUGGACAACUGCUAUAAGAUCCCCAACAUCCGGGGUAUUGGCCGACUCUGCAAGACCAACCUGUCUUCCAACACAGCCUUCAGGGGCUUUGGAGGGCCCCAGGGAAUGCUCAUUGCUGAAUAUUGGAUGAGUGAAGUUGCCCUGACUUGUAGACUUCCAGCAGAAGAAGUUCGAAGGCUGAACAUGUACAAGGAAGGAGACCUGACUCACUUUAAUCAGAAGCUGGAGGGAUUCACUUUGCCCAGGUGCUGGGAUGAAUGCCUGGAAAGCUCAAAGUACCAUGCCAGGAGGAAUGAGAUCGAGACGUUUAACAAGGAGAAUUGUUGGAAGAAGAGAGGGUUGUGUAUAAUCCCUACCAAGUUUGGAAUCAGCUUCACAGUUCCCUUUCUGAAUCAGGCUGGAGCUCUGGUACAUGUGUACACAGAUGGCUCUGUUCUUCUCACCCACGGUGGUACUGAGAUGGGCCAAGGCCUUCACACCAAGAUGAUCCAAGUGGCCAGCAAAGCCUUGAAGAUUCCCACCUCUAAGAUUUACAUCAGUGAAACAAGCACCAGUACGGUGCCCAACACCUCUCCAACAGCUGCCUCUGUCAGUGCUGACAUCAAUGGACAGGCUGUCUAUGAAGCUUGUAAAACCAUUUUACAAAGACUGGAGCCCUUCAAAAAGAAAAACCCCAAUGGUUCCUGGAAAGAUUGGGUCAAUGCUGCCUACCAGGCACCAGUGAGUCUGUCUGCCACAGGAUUUUAUAGAACACCUAACCUUGGCUAUAGCUUUGAAACCAAUUCUGGAAAUCCUUUCCACUACUUCUCCUAUGGUGUGGCUUGCUCUGAGGUCGAGAUUGAUUGCUUAACAGGGGAUCAUAAGAACAUCCGCACAGACAUUGUCAUGGAUGUUGGCUCCAGCCUGAAUCCAGCUAUAGAUAUUGGACAGGUAGAAGGGGCAUUUGUUCAAGGUCUCGGUCUCUUUACUCUGGAGGAGCUGCAUUACUCUCCUGAGGGGACCCUGCAUACUCGGGGACCCAGCACUUACAAGAUCCCUGCCUUUGGAAAUAUCCCUAUUGAUUUUAGGGUGUCCCUUCUCCGGGAUUGUCCUAACAAAAAAGCCAUCUAUGCUUCUAAGGCUGUUGGAGAGCCCCCCCUCUUUCUAGCAUCCUCCAUCUUCUUUGCCAUCAAGGAUGCUAUCUGUGCAGCUCGUGCUCAGCAUGCAGAUUUUAAGAUGAAAGAACUUUUCCAGUUGGAUAGCCCUGCCACCCCAGAGAAGAUUCGCAAUGCCUGUGUGGACAAAUUCACCACUCUGUGUGUUACAGAAGUGUCUGCAAAUUGCAAGCCAUGGUCUAUAAGAGUCUGAGAAGAAAGUCCACAGAUCAAAUUCUCUACUGAGCAGAUGGUGCCUCUAAGAGAAAAGGAAAACACCUGUCAUGGGACCAAAGAUUAUAAAUGCACAAAAUAAAACCAUUUCUGGGUCAUUACCCCUUUUCUGUAUUAAGGAAAUUGAACACUUAGGAAGAUUUCAAUCUUAAAUGCGAUUUUCAAUAGAGAUGAUGAGCAAAUUCACAACUUCAAGAUUUCAAUAGUAGUAAUUACAUAGUUACUAAUAUUAAUUUACAACUGAUUUAAUUUUAAAAAUCCAUAGCUCCCUUUAAAAAAAUUGACUACAGAUUUAGCACUAUUGCUUAGAAUAGCAUCAGAGCAAAAAUCAAACUAUUUGAGAUAACCUCACAAGCUGGAGCCUGUCAGCCUGGGAUUUUUUCAUCCUCUGAGAACUCAAACCAAAAUUCUUUGGAAUUCACUCAUAUUCCUUUCAGGGACUCUCCCAACACAACCAAAACUUGAAACUCAAAGCUUUCCACUUUGUUUAAGGGCAAUAGAAAAUAGAUGUUUUAAAUUUUGUAAGAGAAAAAAAAAACAUUCCCAAACCUGUUUGUUGAUUAAAAAAAGAAAAUAAAUAAACUUAAAAGUUAAUUUGA